UGGCCCUAGUCCCCUGCGGGAGGGGUCGAAGGCGACGGACCCCAAGCUCACACACGUCCCACCCCACCCACCUCGGCGCGGUCUUCGGGGGCCCGACCCCUCGCUUCCCUGGGGGCCCGAUGGCCUCGGAAGGCCUGGCGGGGGCGCUGACCGCUGUGCUGGGGGGCCAGGGGCUGUGCGUGCAGAGCUGUGACUCCGAGCCGGCCGGGGAGCCGCUGGCGCCGGUGCGCCUGCGGCAGAACGUCUGCUACGUGGUGCUGGCGGUGUUCCUCAACGAGCAGGAUGAGGUGCUGCUGAUCCAGGAGGCCAAGAAGGAGUGCCAGGGGUCAUGGUACCUACCUGCGGGGAGAAUGGAGCCUGGGGAGACCAUCAUUAAGGCCCUGCAGCGCGAGGUCAAGGAGGAGGCUGGGCUGCACUGUGAGCCCCUGACCUUGCUGUCUGUGGAGGAGCGGGGCCCCUCCUGGAUCCGCUUUGUGUUCCUGGCUCGCCCCACAGGUGGAACGCUCAAGACUUCCAAGGAGGCGGAUGCAGAGUCCCUGCAGGCUGCCUGGUACCCGAGGACCUCUCUACCGACUCCAUUGCGAGCCCAUGACAUUCUGCACCUGGUAGAGCUCGCCGCUCAGUACAAGCAGCAAGCCAGGCACCCCCUCAUUCUGCCCCAAGAGCUUCCCUGCAGUCUAGUCUGCCAGCGGCUUGUGGCCACCUUCACCAGUGUCCAAACGGUGUGGGUGUUAGUGGGUACAGUGGGGAGGCCUCACUUGCCCAUCACUGCCUGUGGCUUCACUCCCAUGGAGCAGAGGGGUGGCAUCAAGAUGGCUGUCCUGCGGCUGCUGCAGGAGUGUCUGACCCUGCACCACUUGACUGUGGAGACCAAGGGGUUGCUUGGACUGCAGCACUUGGGCAGAGACCAAUCAGAUGGCAUUUGCCUGAAUGUGCUGGUGACAGUGGCUUUUCGGAACCCAGGUAUCCAAAAUGAGCCCCCAAAGGUUCAGGGCGAGAACUUCUCUUGGUGGAAGGUUAUGGAGGAAGACCUACAAAUCCAACUCCUACAGAGGCUUCAGGAAUCCUCUGUGGUCCCCAUCAACAGAUAGGAAGGUGCCAUCGUUGGGCAUGGAACAGGGCAUCUGUGCUCCCCCACGUAGCCUGGGAGGCAGGCAGUCUGGGGUCUGGCUGCACUGGGCGCAGGGCAGUUCUGGUUCUCUGGGGCCUCCAUCUCCCCAUGCAUGGAGUGGAUCCCUCUUGCACUAAAAGGGACAAUGCCUUUGACCAAGCAGAAGUCCAGGGCUCAGUGACCCAGUGGCUAUGGCCCUGGCGUGCAAUGAGUUGCUACUCCCUAAGGGGUGGUGAGGACUUUCUUUCUGAACCUGGCAUCCACCCAUCACUUUCCUUGCCCACCUUGGUGAAGGCUGACUCUGGCUCCUGAGGCACUAAAAACACAGGGAGGGGUGCUAAGGAAGCAUGUCCUUGAUGAGUAAAUAGGUGUUGCUUACCUAGCCUUCCUGCUUACUGUCUGUGUGGGGCGGAGGCUGCCAUGGAGCGCACAGUGGUGCUGCUCCCACCAGCACCGACCUGAGGGCUGGCUCCCUGCUGUCCACCACAGCCUCUCUGGGGCUCUCCUGAUCUCGCCGGCAAGGUGGGAGCUGUGAGAACAGGGGAGCAGCUUCAGUGGGCGAGGAGCUACAAAGCUAUAAUGCUGCCGUCUUCCUCCUUGGGCGCCUGUCUCUGAGCCGCAUGUGUUUUCCAGGUCUGCCGGCCUCUGCCUUUUCACAGCUCAACCCCAGCCAGACAGACCCCAAAUCUUUUCUUCCCUGCCCUUUAGUUCAGCUGAAUCAUGGUAGGGAUUACUUUUUAAAAAGGACUUGAUUAAAAUGUGAGGGGGAAGCCAGUGGACCG